AUGGCAGGCAUUACGGACAAAUGGGUCCAACAUCUGAGGACUCGCGAUCGCCAGGACAAGGCAGAGUCACACUCUUUUACGUGCGAUAUCUGCGGCGACGAAAUCAAGACGUUAGAAACUUGGCUCGAUCAUGUCAAAUCCGAUCAGGAGCAUCAGGAAAAGUGGCCGACGCUGGAAGCAGCGCAACUAUCAUACGUUCAUAAGGGAUCGAUUAGACCAACUAGUCAGGACUCCAAUAGCAGGAAACGACGUGCAGACACCACCAAUGGGACCGUAGGGGACCAGACCACAACGGUCACUGCAGUCGAUCAAGACCGAGAUGCCGAAGGCCACCAGGCAAAGCGUCGGUCGCCUGAGCCGAGCGCUCCAGGCCGUAGCCGUGCCCGUAAUGACCACCGGAACGACUACGGGGGUCGGCCCCACCAGAACACAUCAGGCCGUCAGCUCUGGACCUCCGAUGAUGGUGUUCAGCAAAAGUCACAGGGCCAGGGGCGAGCUGUCUCCCUUGGUUCGCCCAGGCAAGGGCCUACCAAGGCAAACAGACCUACACAGACAGCCACACAACAGGUCAACCGUCCUUCAUCCAAUGAUGAUGAGUCCACCUCCAAGAUGAUGCGUCAGCCAGAGACAAGACCCAUCUCACAAGAUCAGCUUGUCGCAGAGGUAAAAGGCAUCUACGCAGGACUGGUCAUGGUUGAGACAAAGUGCAUCGAAGUUGACAAUGCCCAAUCAUCCAACACCGAUGCCAAUUCAAAACUUAACAACGAACAAUGGCAGGCAUUGAUUGCACUUCACCGCACCCUCCUCCAUGAGCAUCAUGAUUUCUUUCUUGCAAGCCAACACCCCUCUGCUAGCCCUGCUCUGCGAAGGUUAGCAUCCAAGUAUGCGAUGCCUGCUCGUAUGUGGCGACACGGCAUUCACUCGUUUCUUGAGCUUCUCAGACAUCGUCUCCCUGCCUCUCUAGAGCACAUGCUCACUUUUCUGUACUUGGCUUACAGUAUGAUGGCCUUGCUAUACGAAACUGUGCCUGCUUUUGAGGAUACUUGGAUCGAGUGUCUUGGAGACCUUGGUAGAUAUCGCAUGGCCAUUGAGGAUGAUGAUAUCAGAGACCGUGAGGUAUGGACUGGCGUAAGUCGUCACUGGUACAGCAAAGCAUCUGAUAAGUCCCCUACUACGGGCAGACUUUAUCACCAUUUGGCCAUCUUGGCCCGUCCCAAUGCCUUGCAGCAGCUGUACUAUUACACCAAGUCCCUCUGUGUUCCCAUUCCCUUUUCAAGCGCACGAGAAAGUAUAAUGACGUUGUUUGAUCCUGUGCUGAACAAUAAUACGGCCCGUCUUGCCCCCGUUGAUGCUGCAUUUGUGCGCGCUCAUGCUAUUCUCUUCUCUGGGAAGUCCCAAGACCAGCUGUCAGAGUCAACGGAUAGCUUUAUUGAUUCACUUGAUGGUCAUAUUGGUCGGGUAACUAAGCGAUGGUUGGAAUCAGGAUACUAUAUUGCCAUUGCUCUGUCGUGUUCUCUACUCGGGUAUGGUGCUGAGUCUAAUGUUCUUAUGCGGGCCAUGUCUAAAAAGCCCGAAGAGACUGACGUCACUAUGGAUGGGAACACCAUUUCCGAGGCCGCCCCUGAUGAGACAUUCAAGCUUGCGCUUGACUUUGCAACCCGGACGAUUUCGCGAGUUCUUUAUCGCUGGGGAGAUACCAAUACGUUACCCUUCGUGCAUUCCAUCCUGGUUUUCAUGAACCACAUGACACAGUAUCCAGCGGCUAUUUCCCAUUUGGAGGGCGCAUAUCCCUGGAAACUAACUUCCAUUAUGCUGAACACCCUUUUGCUCUCCUGCGAGCCUGGGUAUGAGAUCCGUGGCCACUUCCGCCUGCCGGAAAAGGACCAGCUCCCGCGCCCAUUGCCCGAGGACUUUGCCAUGCGAGGCCUGCUCUAUGCCGAGGAUUACUUCCCCAACGACUGGUUCAGUAAUGACAAGAUAGACGAGGAUGAGAAGUACUUUGAGUUACCAUCUGUCUCCGAAGAGCGCAAGGACCGUAUCCUUUCUCUUGGAUACAAGAUAGCAUCCUCCGGCAACUGGCUUAUCUGGAAUGGAGAAUCUCGCCAAUUCGAGGUUCCUGAAAAGUAUAACGUCAAGACAAACCUGGACAGCAGGCAAAAGGCCAACGCCGAGUGA